AGAAGUUGACGGUGGAGGUGCUGCGCGUUGUUUGUUUUUCCGACUUCCGUUUGUGCUUCUUGUUUGCCGGGAGUAUUGCACAAGCGUGUGACUAACGCAACAGGUGGAUUGCGUUCCCGUGUGCUGGCAGCGAAGUGAAAGUGAGACGAGCGCUGUGCUUGCGAGUGUCCUUUGAGUUUCGACUUGGCCGCGCCAGCAGUCGAUGGUGCCCAGCCUUGGAGCAUUGUUUCGCGGGAGCAGCUUCUUCCCCCGUCCGUGGCCGAUGGUCCGCUCCCAAUUGCAACGCGACAAUUCCGUGCAACGGCCAGCAUGUAACCGAGAGGACGUGCUGGACUGCUAAGGACCCCGGGGACGGCGCUGUUUUUAGUGAUUUUUGCACAAAAGGAGGCCAAGUCGUGGAUUCAGCCAGUGAUCGUGAUCUUCUUGUUUCUCACGCGGGAAAGAGAGCGACGUUCACGGAGCUAAUCGCCGACGGGCAACGGCUCCAGCUCCGCAGUGGUUUGAGUGUGUGCGACCAGGUGUUUACCAAGGUGUGUUGGUUCAGCGCCAGCGUGUUUUGCUUAGACGAGGGCACGGGAGAGCGGGGCAAAUCGGACGCGAGCGAUCGUUCCGGCGGUUAAGUGCAUCCACGGCGAUUGUGUACGUUCUCAUCUGCGGCGAGUGCGGUCCAGAUUGUGGAGAUUGCGGAAUUCUUUUGUUUUAUCGGGGAAUGCUCUGUGGCGCGGAAAACGCGGUGCUUCUGUGCGUGAUUUCGGUGGUGGGUGCAAUGGUUUGCGGCGGCCGCUUGCUCUGAAUGGAGGUCGCGCAAUUGGCGAAAUCAAUUGAAAACGAGAUCCGCGAUCAGUGAUUUUUGUCAGUGGGAAUUUUGGCCGAUUGGAAAGUAACAAUGGAGGAAAGGGAGCGGAAGCGAAGAACGUUUGUGGAAGGUGUUCCACGAUUUGGGAUUAUUUUACUCGUCGUUUGGCUGGUAUUGGCCAAAUGUAGUCAUGCUAUAGACGGAAUACAAGUGCAACCCCCGAGAUUUGUCACGCAUCCAUCGUCAUCUGCAUCAAUGGUCAACGAAGGAAGGACGAAAAUUCUUCAGUGUCACGCCUUAGGUUCACCCCAGCCAAGUUAUCGAUGGCUCAAAGACGGAGUUCCAGUUGGAGAUUUCUCAAGUAGUCAGUACUAUCGGAUACACAACACAAGGCGGGAAGAUGCCGGCAACUAUCAGUGCAUUGCAAAGAACGACGCUGGAACAAUCUUCAGUGAAAAAAUUGAUGUGGUGGUUGCAUAUAUGGGAGUAUUCGAGAACGUAACCGAAAGCCGACUAUCUGUCCAGUCCGGUCAUCCAGCCAUAUUCACGUUACCACCCAUCGAAUCGGUGCCAUCCCCGUCCGUUGUCUGGCAAGACGAGAGAGGAGCCCUCAAUUAUGACAUCAAAUACGCUUAUACGAAGCGCAAUGAAUUAAUCAUUUUAAGUGCAGAAGAGGCCGAUCAGAAAGCUUACCGUGCACGAGCCAUAAAUACACAACUCGGCAAGGAGGAAAACAGCGCCUUCAUUCACUUAAAUGUCACAGGAGAUCCCUAUACGGAAAUCGCGCCGGAAAUUAUUGUCCAUCCGGAAGAUAUGAAAAUCAAACGAGGAGAAUCGGUGGCUCUGCUGCAGUGCAUUGCCAACGCUCGGUCCUUGUAUGAAGUUGAGACGCUUUGGCUGAAGGACGGCAUCUUCAUCGAAAAUGCAGGAAUCGACUAUACGUUGAAUGACCAGUGGAAUCGAACAUUAGCCCUGCUGUCUGCUAAUCUAACACACUCGGGAGAGUACACGUGCCAAGUGCGACUACGGAGCGGGGGCUAUCCAACAGUGACGGCAAGUGCCAUUGUCGUUGUUCAGGAGCCACCCUAUUUUUUCUCACCCCUUCGAACAGAGACUCUGGGCGAGUAUGGAUCACCAUUGGAACUUCACUGUGAUGUCCUGGGAGAGCCGCCACCAAGCGUUACUUGGUAUCGAAAUGCCGAACCGUUGGAUUUAUCUGUGGACAAAUAUGUGGUUAAAGAGGAUAACACGCUGAUCAUAAAGAAGCUGACAAUGGACGAUUCAGCCAUGUUCCAAUGUCUGGCAUCGAAUGACGCGGGAGAGAAAUCAUUGUAUACCUGGUUACGAGUCAAGACAUCAGACAAACUAGAAAAUAAUCCUAGUCGCAUUAAAAAUUCUUUCUGCUCGUACUAUGCAACUAACAAACAUUGUAAAUUGCUAAAUCGUCUAAAACGUCUGGCCCAGCCCAGAAUAAUAAGGGUGAGAGCAACUUCAACAUCUGGUAGACGGAAACAUAAGGACUUUCGCUAUGAUACAGCCAGUAAGAGUUUAAUUAAAAAGAAAGCUUCAACCCCAAUCAUGGAGCAACCGCCCCAAAAUGUGACUGUGCUCGAUGGCAAGGACGCGACGAUAUCCUGCCGAGCGGUGGGAGCGCCAACGCCCAACAUAACGUGGAUUUACAACAAAACACAGCCAGUGGAGGUAUCGAGUCGUGUGCAGAUCCUUGAAUCAGGAGACCUGUUGAUUUCCAACGUUCGUGAACUUGACGCUGGCUUAUAUUCAUGCAAUCGUUCUAACGAAGCAGGGACUGUAAGCGGCGAAGCGUAUUUAGGAGUCCUUGUUCGAACCCAAAUAAUCCAACCCCCAGUGGAUACAACAGUCCUACUAGGCUUGACAGCAUCCCUGCAGUGUAAGGUGUCAAGUGACCCUUCCGUACCUUACAACAUUGAUUGGUAUCGCGAAGGUCAAACUGCCCCAAUUAUGAACUCCCAACGAAUUGGAGUGCAAGCUGAUGGCACCUUGGAAAUCCAAGCGGUUCGAGCCGCUGACGUUGGCACCUACUCUUGCAUGGUCACCUCCCCAGGUGGUAACGAAACACGCUCGGCCCAACUGAGCGUUAUCGAAUUGCCAUUUCCACCGACAAAUAUCAAAGCUGAACGCAUUGACGCAGAGAACCCACGGGUCAUCAAUGUAUCUUGGACACCAGGAUUCGAUGGGAAUAGUCAAAUACAAAAAUUCAUAGUACAAAGACGCGAAGUAUCUGAACUAGAAGAAUUUUUAGGUCCGAUUCCAGAUCCGCUUCUUAAUUGGAUAACCGAACUAAGCAAUGUGUCAGCAUCACAACGUUGGGUUUUAUUGACCAAUUUAAAGGCUGCGACUGUCUAUCAAUUCCGCGUAAGUGCAGUUAAUCGGGUGGGCGAAGGAUCCCCAUCAGAACCGAGUAACAUUAUUGAAUUACCACAAGAAGCAUUACCGCUUGAAAGAGCUCCAUCUGGCCCUCCAGUGGGUUUCGUUGGCUCAGCUCGUUCAUCCUCCGAAAUCAUCAUUCAAUGGCAACCACCUCUGGAAGAACACCGGAAUGGACAAAUUCUCGGUUACAUUAUUCGCUACAGGCUUUAUGGUUAUAACAAUAGUCCAUGGACCACGCAGAAUAUAACGAACGAAGCCCAGAGGAAUUAUUUGAUACAAGAACUCAUCACAUGGAAGGAUUACACAGUGCAAGUUGCGGCAUACAAUAACAUGGGAGUAGGCGUUUUCACGGAGGGAGCGAAAAUCAAAACAAAGGAGGGAAUUCCUGAGGCUCCACCGACUAAUGUAACAGCAAUAGCGGUCAAUUCAACAGCUGUGAAAGUUUCUUGGAAGCCACCUAAUCCACAACAAAUUAAUGGUAUCAACCAAGGCUACAAAAUACAAGCGUGGCGAUACCAAAUCGCAGGAGAUGGUGAACACGAAAGUGAAGAGAGAAUGAUCACAGUUCCACCCAGCCUCUUAGAUCCCUUAGCAGAACAAAGUGCUGUUAUGACAGGGCUACAAAAAUUCACAGACUACAAUAUUACCGUCCUUUGUUUCACUGAUCCUGGAGAUGGCGUCAGAAGCGAAAUGGUUCCUGUGAAAACCAAAGAAGAUGUUCCAGACGAAGUGGCUUCUCUGCAAUUCAACGAUGUUUCGGAUCGCUCUGUGAAAGUGAUUUGGACCCCACCUAAAAAUGCCAAUGGAAUCCUUGUCGGAUAUCAACUUCGCUUCCAAAUCAAGGAUAAGCCAGAAACUCGAAAGCUUGUCAACCUGACUGCAGACAGAACCGACUAUGAAGUCAAUCAGUUGCAAGCAACCACUCACUACUGGUUUGAAAUCACCGCAUGGACUCAAGUAGGUCCAGGUCCUGCAAAAACAGCCACUAUACAAUCUGGAGUAGAACCAGUUCUCCCAACUGCACCAACGCAACUGGCUCUGUCAAAUAUAGAAGCAUUCUCGGUAGUCCUUCAAUUCACUCCUGGCUUUGAUGGGAACUCAUCGAUUACUCGGUGGACUGUUGAGGCACAAACUGCAAGAAAUUUAACAUGGUUUAAAGUUUUCGAUAUCUACGAUCCAGACGCCUCGACAUUGACUGUCACUGGAUUAGUGCCUUUCACACAAUAUCGAUUGCGGCUCAUUGCCACCAAUGUGGUAGGCUCCUCGGAACCAUCAGAGCCGACAAAAGACUUUCAAACCAUACAAGCUCCGCCGAUGCAUCCACCGUUUAAUGUUACUGUAAGAGCCAUGAGCGCAACUGAAUUAAGAGUUCGAUGGAUUCCACUGCAGCAGACGGAGUGGUAUGGGAAUCCUAGAGGAUACAAUAUCACGUACAGACAAGUUGAUGGUAGUCCGAAAGUUCCCGCGAUGUCGGUGCUCAUUGAAGAUCACACAGCCAACUCGCAUGUUCUGGACAGUUUGGAGGAAUGGGCGGUCUAUGAAGUGAUUAUGAAGUCAUGCAAUGAUGUAGGAUGCUCAAAGCAAAGUCCAAAAGCAGUUGAAAGGACCCGAGAAGCUGUACCUUCAUUCGGUCCCCUUGGAGUUGAAGCCAAUGCCACGUCCUCCACCACAAUCGUUGUUAGAUGGGGGGAGGUUCCAAAAGAACACAGAAACGGCCAAAUUGAUGGUUACAAAGUGUAUUAUGGAGCUGCUAACCGCGGGGUGCAAGUGCAACAUAAAACAAUAAGCAACAAUGCAUCGUUCACAACGACUUUAACCGAACUUAGAAAAUACGUUGUGUAUCACAUUCAAGUGUUGGCUUACACUCGAUUGGGGGAUGGAGCUCUUAGCACUCCGCCUGUUAGAAUUCAAACAUUCGAGGACACUCCUGGUGCUCCAUCGAAUGUUUCCUUCCCCGAUGUAUCCUUUUCGACAGCAAGAAUAAUUUGGGAUGUUCCAGAAGAACCGAAUGGAGAGAUUCUAGCCUACAAAGUCACUUAUUCAUUGAACGGAAGUGCUAAUUUGAAUUAUAGUAGAGAAUUCUCUCCGACAGAUAGGACAUUCCGAGCAACCCAACUGUUAGCUGAAAGAUAUUACAUAUUUAGCGUAACAGCACAAACAAGACUAGGUUGGGGUAACACUGCUUCAGUUUUAGUAUACACAACUAAUAAUCGGGAAAGACCACAAUCCCCAUCAGCGCCCCAGAUAUCCAGAAGCCAGAUCCAAGCGCAUCAGAUUACGUUUAGCUGGACUCCAGGAAGAGAUGGAUUCGCUCCUCUACGUUACUACAUAGUUCAGUUUCGAGAAAAUGAGGGCCCUUGGACUUCGCUUCCGGAACGAGUUGAUCCUUCAGUUAAUUCCUACACGGCCCAGAAUUUGAAACCUCACACUACAUACCAAUUCAGAAUUCAGGCAACCAACGACUUGGGACCAUCAACAUUUAGCCAAGAAAGUAUAUUAGUGCGCACUCUUUCAGCGGCUCCUUCGCAAGGAGUAACUGGUUUGAGAGUUGUUCCGAUAACCACUACUAGCGUUCGUGUUCACUGGAAUCCUCUAGAGAAAGUUCUUUGGAAUGGAGAUGCUAUAACUGGCGGUUAUCGUGUCCUUUUCCAACAAAUAUCUGAUUUCCCAACUGCUCUUCAAGCAACUCCCAAACAAGAUGUAAUGGGAAUAAGCUCAGAAUCGGUUAUACUCACAGAUCUAACUCAGGAUCGUAACUAUGAGAUAGUCGUACUGCCAUUCAACUCGCAGGGAACUGGUCCUGCAACUCCACCAGUUGCUGUUUACGUUGGGGAAGCUGUACCUACCGGAGAGCCAAGAGCUGUUGAAGCGGCUCCAAUUUCUAGCACCGAAGUCAGACUUCGUUGGAAACCUCCUAAAUUGAAUAUGCAAAAUGGAGAUUUGCUUGGCUAUAAAAUAUUCUACCUAGUCACGGAUUCUCCUCAAGAAUUGGAAGAAGGACGAACACAUGAAGAAGAAAUCGAAGUCGUUCCAGCCUCAACAACGUCUCAUAGCUUAGUGUUUUUGGAUAAGUUUACGGAAUAUAAGAUUCAAAUCCUGGCUUUUAAUCCGGCUGGUGAUGGACCCCGCUCGGCAGCUAUUACUGUUAAAACCCUACAAGGCUUGCCAGGACCGCCAGCAAAUUUGAAAUUUGACGAGAUUACCAUGCAAAGUUUAAAGGUAUCUUGGGAGCCACCAAAGAAACGCAAUGGAGAAAUUUUAGGAUAUCUUGUCACGUACGAAACAACAGAAGAGAACGAAAAGUUUAGUAAACAAGUAAAACAGAAAGUCACAGGAACAAGUCUCUUCAUUCAAACGCUCGAGGAGGAAGUUACAUACACAUUUACAGUACGUGCACAAACCAUCGACUACGGUCCAGCGAUUAGUGGAAACGUAACGACGGGUCCUCAGGAAGGUUCACCGAUAGCUCCAAGGGAUUUAAUUCUAUCGAAAGGAGUAUCCAGUGUUGAUAUGCAUUGGGUGAAUGGUCCAUCGGGACGGGGACCAAUUCUCGGAUACUACAUCGAAUGUAAAAAACGAGAAAACGACAAUUCGUAUAUUUACGAUUCACGAUGGGAAACAAUAUCGAAAACUACAUCCGGACCUGUACAGGACUUUUCCGUCAGCUUCCAGAGCUUACUGCCAUCAACUGCCUACACAUUUCGUGUGAUCUCCUAUAAUAAAUAUGGCAUUUCCUAUCCAGUUGUAUCAAAAGAUACAAUUCUGACCCCAUCGAAACUAUAUCUAGAAUACGGUUAUCUACAACAUAAGCCAUUUUAUCGACAAACAUGGUUUAUGGUGGCCUUGGCCGCUACAUCUAUUGUGAUAAUUAUAAUGGUAAUAGCCGUUUUGUGUGUGAAGAGCAAGAGCCAUAAAUAUAAACAAGAAAUACAAAAAACCCUCGAAGAAUCAAUGGCAAUGUCUGUUGAUGAACGAGAAGGUCUCGCGUUAGAUAUCUACCGUGCUCGCCACGCUGCUGGAGGCGGAUCGAGUACAAUAAAUAGUGCUGGGACAUUAAGUCGAAGAACAAUAGGAACUUUAAGUAGAAAACCACCGCACGGACCACCGCCAGCACUAGGAAAAAGUCCACCACGACCAUCACCAGCAUCUGUGGCGUAUCACAGCGACGAAGAGAGCUUAAAAUGCUACGACGAGAAUCCAGAUGACAGUAGCGUUACAGAGAAACCAUCAGAAGUCAGUUCAUCGGAUUCACAGCACUCCGAAAGUGAAAACGAAAGUGUUCGUUCCGACCCACAUUCGUUCGUUAACCAUUACGCGAAUGUUAACGAUUCUCUACGACAAUCGUGGAAACGGCAGAAGCCCGUUCGAAACUACUCAAGUUACACAGAUUCGGAACCAGAAGGGGUGACUAGCUUGAAUGGAGGUCAAAUUAUCGUUAACAAUAUGGCACGAUCGAGAGCUCCGCUGCCGGGCUUCUCAUCGUUUGUUUGACAAUCAACAGAGUUUUAAGUUGAUUUUCCUGACGAAGUCACUUUUGUUUCCCAUUAUCUCAAUAUCGCCAUCGUCGUCAUUAUAAGAGAUGCAACACACAAACACAAUAUUUAUCAUUGUGGACUGUCUUUCAAUCAUCUCUUUUAUUUGUGAUAAAAGACUUUUUCUUAUUUAUUCAUAAGCGUAACUCACUAAGCAACUAUACUACUUACGUACUAAACGAUUUUUUACAGAAAGAGGACAUUAGGAAUACAAACAUCUUUCUAGCCUUUACGAUAAUCUAAGUUUAAGUUUAGAUAGUGUCGAUCAAUGUGGAAUUGAAAUCAUUUUUUGUAUAAUUAUUUUCGAGUUCGAAUCGUUCGAAUGCAGCAUAUCACUAAGCAUCUUUUCAUUUCGAGAAACUAAGAAAGUUGCGUUUGUUUCACGAAACCUGUACGGACCAUGUUUUUUCUGUAAAUACUAAGAUAUUGAAUAUGAAUGGACUUAAGUCAUUUGCAUUUAUCCUUCCUUAUCCUUCGAGAGCAGUGAAGUAUGAUUACUUUUGUAUUUCUAGUAAGGCAAGAAUCUAGCUGAGAAGCAACAACUCCUUACAAAGAAACGGAACAAAGGAAACUCUACAAUUUUAAGAAAUACGAACACUUAAAUGACUGAUUAUUUCGUAGAAUAUGAAAUUAAGUUAAUUUUAUACAUUUAGCUAAAUGAAAUUUGUAUUAGUGUAUUAACUAAUUGAACGAUCCGAAGAAACAAAUUGGAAGAUAAAGAACUUAGCGAAGAAUCAAGUGAAAAUGUGGUAAUUCUAGUUAUCCCAUAUUUUUGUGCGAAAAUGUAAAAAAGCAUAUUAUGAUAGCUCAAAUAAAUAGCAUCUGUCGUUGUUCUAUGAUUGCGUUCGCGAAUCGAACGUUCCAUAGAGGAAACUAGUUCAUGCUCAAAAAUAAA